AUGGCGAGGAAAUCUCUUCAGCGCGUCAGCUAUGGUGGUCGUGACGGUGUGAUAUGCAGCUGGGACUUGCACGUCAACUCCCGUUCGCGAAUCCCUUCGCCGGAUCUCUCCUUGGCUUCUUCCGAUGACCCCUCCGGCCCGCCCUCAAGCUCCGGCACCGAUACCGUGCAACCAACUACUUUCCGACGCCAGGUCCAAGCCCAUACCCAUUGGAUCAAUGAUAUUCUCCUGGCUCGAAACAACUCUGCACUGGUAUCCGGGUCGUCAGACAGCACGGUCAGGUUAUGGCGCCAAGACUCGGAAGACUUGAAGAUACCCGUAUCCCUCGGUAGACAUAGCGACUACGUCAAAUGCCUGGCUUCUCCCCGACACCAUGCUGACUGGGUUGCAUCGGGUGGGUUGGAUCAUAAAAUCUACGUAUGGGAUCUGAACGGCGGUGGAGAGAAGUUAAAGAUUGACGUUUCUGGAAAUGGCAGGACACAAAAGGGUUCGGUGUACGCUCUAGCCUCCAAGAAGUCGAUCUUAGCUAGUGGAGGGCCUGAUAGCGCAGUUCGCGUCUGGGACUCCAAUUCUGGAAACCUGGUGACUACUUUUGUUGGGCAUACUGACAACGUUCGGGGUAUUUUGAUCAACGAGGAUGCAAAUACUAUCAUUACGGCGUCCUCUGAUCAAACUAUCAAAGUAUGGUCGAUCACAGCAGGGAGAUGCAUGCAUACUCUGACGAUGCAUAACGAGAGCGUCUGGUCGCUGUAUUCAGACCACCCUCAGCUCUCUGUAUUUUACUCGAGUGAUAGGGCUGGCGUAGUGGCCAAGACGGACACUAGAUACUCUGCCGAUGUCGAUCAAGGCGUCUGUGUUGCUGCUCUACAAGAAAAUGAAGGAGUAUUCAAAGUUGUCGCUGCCAAUGACCAUAUCUGGACAGCUACACUCAAGUCCAGCAUCAAUCGUUGGAGCGAUGUCGAUACUACAGACAUUGGCUUGACGACCUCGUCUCAACAGGCACACCGGCCCAUAGGCAAUGUAGCUCCUCGACACAACGAAUCUCUAGAAACGGAGAAGCUAAAGGCCCCUUCCUCGUCGAUUUUAGUCCUAUCUAACACCUCACCAAGCGGCGAACCGGGAGUGUAUACCCCCGCCCAGAGCCAACCAAAGGAAACCGUUGAGGGUUUGAAUGGUCUCAUCAAGCAUAUGAUGCUAAACGAUAGAGUGCGUGCUCUUACUAAGGAUACAGCUGGUGAAGUCGUAUUAUGGGAUCUCCUCAAGUGCACUCCAGUAAAGUCGUUUGGGAAAGGCCACCUGGAUGACAUCGCUGCAAAAUUAAACACGGUGAAGUCAAUCGCGAAUUGGUGCACGUUGCAUACCCGGACAGGAAAGUUAUCAGUCAUUUUGGAACCUCACCGGUGCUUUGAUGGAGAAAUGUACGCGGAUGAAACAGACUUGACGGACAUAAGCCAAUUUAGAGAUGAUCAGAGAAUCAAUUUGGGAAAAUGGGUCCUUCGGAAUCUAUUUGCUGGCCUCAUUGAAGAAGAAAAACGGAGAGAUUCCGAAUAUCUGGCGUCACUAGUAGCCAAAUUGCACAAUUCGAUGCGUCUACAACGGACGGACGCUCCUAGUUCCAUUGAUAUUCCGCCUAUCGCAAUCUAUGCUUCCGAGCCAACCGCUCUCCCUGGUGCUCCUAUAAAGGGACCGCGGACCACCAAUGAGUUGCAUUCGACGGCCCUAACCCCAGGGAUGUCUAUUGGCAUUGCAACGCCUGCGCCACUUGUUACAUCUGCUCCGGAAAAUUCCCUUUCAAGCCCUACAAGUCAAUCAACAGAUCAGCAUCCAGGGACUAGGGUCGAUCGCCCCGGGAUCGAUGAUUACUUCUUGUCCAAACCAAACCGCCAAUCCGGGGACUCUUCAGCUUUGAACGCGAAAACACCGGCUGCGACUGAAGAAUCUAAUCUCGCUGAUUCAUCUCCUGCACUUUCGGCAGAGCCGGAUAAAGAAGAGAAGACAAAGCGCACCGGCUCUUUAUUUGGCAAAAAGUUUCAAAUGUUCCCCAAAAAACUAGGACGCACGUCUACAGAAACAAAGCCAAUAGCAGAGGAAAAGACCGAGGAAGCCUCAGUUAACUCCUCGGAGAAGGAGAAAGAUAAGGUGCCCGAUGAGACAUUUUACGGUGUUAUUGAGAGUCUUAGAGCCAAGGGGACCGUAUCUACUAUUGGACAAGACGCCGAUGAGCUAGAAAAGGUCGCACCAGCGUGGCUAGGACGACUCCUUCUAGAGAACCGAAUGGAGACUGAAAUAGUUAAAAUCACCUUUUCCGUCACGCCUUACAAAGGCCUGUUACCUGAGGCGAUUGAUCCGGAUGCAAAUAAUAACUCCCGUUUGAGCGCCAAUCGUAUGCUUCGCGGAAAGAAGAUUCUUGCCUAUGUUGCAGAGCGUAUUGACCCCGAGUAUUCGCCCGACAGCAAAGAUGAAAACCAGCUGAAGCCAGAAGAGUAUCUAGAACUAUACUGCCAAAAUACAUUAAUACCUCCUGAAAUGACUCUUUUAACAAUGCGCACACACAUCUGGCGCGCGGGCGGCGAUAUGAUCCUUUACUACAAGGCCAAUGGCAAACGCAUAAUCCCCCCUCGUCAGGAAAAGAAGUCUACCAAUAACAACAACACGACCACGUCGGGAACAGAUGGAGAUGUCCAAGGACGUGAAAGCAAAACUAGUGCAGAUCUGAAGCGCCCUGCCAGUACGGCCUCGGCAGGGAAUAGCAACCUUGCUGCGAAUAAGGACGGAGGCUCGACGCCAGCAACCAGUCAUUCACGAGCUCCCUCAAAUGAGCAACUAAUAUGA